AACAACACAAAGUUAGUCUCUCCUAAGAUCUCUAUAGCACUAUAUGUAUACCCUCAUUUCUAUGUGUCUCGGAAGCAAAUCUACCAUCUAGUGAUUUCUUUCUUCUGUUAGAUUUUAGAUUCAGAUUUACAGAUCAGUCGGUUAAACCUAGGGUUUAAGAUCUUGGGAUUGAUUGGUAGGAAGAAAAAAUGGGAGAAGCGAAACGCAUCUCUUUGCGAUUGGCUGUUGUGUUUUUGGUUGCUUGCGUUUCCUUUAAUCAGCUUCUUGCCUCUGAUGACGACAAGAUUUUCUACGAGUCGUUCGAGGAGUCAUUUGAAGGGCGAUGGACUGUUUCUGGGAAAGAUGAUUACCAAGGUGUGUGGAAGCACGCAAAAAGCGAGGGUCAUGAUGAAUAUGGCCUUCUUGUAAGUGAAAAGGCUAGGAAGUAUGCCAUAGUUAAAGAGCUUGAUAAGCCUGCGAGUCUCAAGGAUGGAACCAUUGUUCUCCAAUAUGAGGUUCGUUUCCAAGAAGGGCUUGAAUGUGGUGGCGCAUACCUUAAAUAUCUGAGGCCCCAAGAAGCUGGGUGGACACCUAAGGAUUUCGAUAAUGAGUCUCCUUAUUCAAUAAUGUUUGGACCUGACAAAUGCGGGGCUACAAACAAAGUGCACUUCAUCGUGAAGCAUAAGAACCCAAAGAGUGGGAAGUACAUUGAACAUCAUCUCAAGUUCCCACCAUCUGUCCCGUCUGACAAGCUUACUCAUGUGUACACUGCUAUUCUGAAACCUGAUAAUGAGCUGCAAAUUCUGAUUGACGGCGAGCAAAAGAAGACAGCUGAUUUACUGUCAGCAGAUGAUUUUGAGCCACCUCUAAUUCCUGCAAAGACGAUUCCUGAUCCAGAAGAUAAGAAGCCGGAGGACUGGGAUGAGAGAGCUAAAAUUCCUGACCCUAAUGCUGUGAAGCCAGAUGACUGGGAUGAGGAUGCUCCAAUGGAAAUUGUAGAUGAGGAAGCUGAGAAACCUGAAGGAUGGUUGGAUGAUGAACCUGAGGAAAUUGAUGAUCCUGAGGCAACAAAACCGGAAGAUUGGGAUGACGAGGAGGAUGGUGAAUGGGAAGCACCAAAGAUUGACAACCCAAAGUGUGAGACAUCCCCUGGUUGUGGUGAAUGGAAGAAGCCAAUGAAAAGGAAUCCAGCUUACAAAGGAAAAUGGCAUGCUCCACUCAUUGAUAACCCCAAUUACAAGGGUAUUUGGAAGCCUCAGGAGAUUCCAAACCCCGAAUACUUUGAGCUUGAAAAGCCUGACUUUGAGCCCAUUGCUGCUGUUGGCAUUGAGAUCUGGACAAUGCAGGAUGGUAUUUUGUUUGGGCAUAUCUUGAUAACAGAUGAUGAGAAGGUUGCUGAGUCACUCAGAAAGACAGCAUGGAAGCCAAAGUUCGAUGUUGAGGAGGAGAAACAGAAGGCUGAGGAGGCUGCUGCUGGUACUGAUGGUCUUGCUGGCUUCCAGAAGAAGGUGUUCGAUCUCCUAUACAAGAUUGCAGAUAUUCCUUUCUUAAGUGGGCACAAGGACAAAAUCCUUGAUGUCAUUGAGAAGGCAGAGAAACAACCAAACCUCACUAUUGGUAUUCUUGUCUCCAUUGUUGUGGUCAUAUUCACAGUUCUCCUUAAAAUAAUUUCUGGUGGAAAGAAGCCAGCAAAAGUAGACAAACCUGCACCAGCCACCGAGACUUCCAACAAAGAAGGAAGCAGUGGGGAGAAGGAAGAAGAGACUGAGAAGGAGGAUGCUGCUGCUGCUGCUCCUCGCAGAAGGCAAUCCAGACGUGAAACCUAAACAGAUGUUUGGAAAGGCUGAUCGGUGUCCUAUGAAUUUCACUUUUGUUAGAUCUUCAGUUUAGGGGAUUUUACACUCUUGCUGGCUGGGUUCUUGGCUAUUCCUAAUUUUUUUUCCUUUUUUCUUUGGCUUUGUUCUGGAGCGUCCAAUGUAUGAAGACUGAAGAGUGUAAAUGACAUUUUUAUAUGUGAGGCUUCCGUAGUUUCAUUCUCCUGCCUCUGAAGCAAAAAUUAGUUUGGCAAGGAUUUCAGUAUUCAGAAAACACUAUGUAAUGAUGAAAGUAGUCGGUUUAAUGAUUUUUCUGAUUUUUGAUAUAAUUUUCAAUACCAUGGAGGAAAACACUUCUUCUGUUC